AAGCCGUCUUUUAUUGCAUCCUGUUUGUUUGCCAGCUGCGAAGUGGUGUACUUGUGGAGCUACAUUUGCUAAAACGACGCGAUGGCUGACCAGCUGACAGAGGAGCAGAUUGCCGAAUUCAAAGAGGCAUUCUCACUCUUUGACAAAGAUGGAGAUGGCACUAUCACAACCAAAGAGUUGGGCACGGUCAUGCGCUCUCUGGGCCAGAACCCAACGGAAGCUGAGCUUCAGGACAUGAUCAAUGAAGUGGAUGCUGAUGGGAAUGGGACGAUAGACUUUCCUGAGUUCCUGACAAUGAUGGCGAGGAAGAUGAAGGACACAGACAGCGAGGAAGAGAUCAGAGAAGCAUUCCGUGUCUUUGACAAGGAUGGGAACGGCUACAUCAGCGCCGCUGAGCUCCGUCACGUGAUGACGAAUCUGGGAGAGAAGCUGACCGACGAGGAGGUCGACGAGAUGAUCAGAGAAGCAGACAUUGACGGAGAUGGUCAAGUGAACUACGAAGAGUUUGUACAGAUGAUGACGGCGAAGUGAAAGCCUUGUACAGAUCCUCUUUCUUCUAUAAAAAAUUUGCCUUUUUUUCUGUUUAAUUUAUCUGUAAACCGUUAAGUUCUCCCUCCCCCCCGGCUGUCCAAAGGAACUGCAUGUAAACUGCAUAGGAUCUAACUCCAUGUCUCUUUCUUUUGCUGUCAUCGUGUUUUUGGAGUGACGGUGCGGUUACACGAUCAGGUGCUUGUUGCGGCAAAAAGGAGGCGGUGACGUGCAAAAACAAAACAAAAACAAAAAACCCCAACAAAAAAACCUGCACGUCACGCCUGUCUGUCCCUCACCCGAUGCGUAGCAAGAACGGAGACCUGCCAGCCGUCUUGUCACUUGGCAACAACGUUGGCAGGGCAACAAUGUAGAGGAGUAACUCUGCAUGGACUAUGGACAAAGUAUAUAAUAUAUAUGAAAUUUAUCAGCAUUGCACUACUACAAAAAAAAAAAAAAGAAAAAUAAAUAAAAAAAAGACACGGGUGUAUCUUCUAGAUACUCAUACAUAAACUUUUUGUAUCUGCUGUUCUGUACCAGAGAACUUGUUUGAAUCUUAUGAUGCUUUUUAAUGUUUUAUUCACUUUCAUUUUCUUUAGUUUUUUCCUUCCUUUUUUUAAACAGCUUAAUGGCAUUGUCAUGCCUCAAAUAAUCCAUUCCAAGUUGUAUAUUUUUGUUUUCCAAUAAAAUUUACAACCCAGAUUUGAAAAGGUUUCCUUGUUUUGUAAAGCAUCCUUAAGGCCCAGAUGAGUCGAAACUAUACUGACCGUUCUGUAUCCCUCCGCUGAUUGGAUCACUUCAGUCAACUCGCCAGUUACAUCAACCAGAAUGUUUACAAUUAUUGUAGUAGAAAUGGUUCAUUUGUAAAUCAUCAUAACAAUGUAUCUGAGUCAACUGGUCAAAUUACUAUGUGUAAUCACAGGAUAGGAUGGGAGUUAAGGCCUCCUUGUCAAAGCAAAAUAAACAUUCAUUAAAGUACUCUUGAAUGAAAAA